UAUAUAUGUAGGUAUAUAUAUAUAUUGUGAGUGUGGAGUUUGGCAAGGUUCUGAAGGUGCUGCGGAAUUUUUCGAUUUACCGAGUACCAUCCAUCCGAGCCACACUAGUCAACGAAGUACCUACGAGUUUUUGUGGCAUCAAAGAAAACCGGUUUCAAAUAACUGCGGCAUUCAUCUUCGACGUUGCCUCGCCACCGCUGAACAGCUGCUUUGCGUGACCGCAAAGUUCGAUUUGGACACGAGUAAGAGAGAGAGAGCAAACCGGACAAUAACCAUGUUGCAGGGGAACAGCAAUCCUAUCAACGUCCUCCUGGCGGUCCUCCUGAUCCUCCUGGUCACCGUCACGUCGACACUCGCCUCCACCGGCAUGCCGAGCAUACGGGACAGCAUAACGCACCCGGUUCACGUCUACGAGGGUGACGAUGCCUUGAUCACCUGCGUCGUUAGAAACAUCGGCGACAACGUCGUCAUGUGGAAGAAGGAAGAUCGGCCGAAGCACAGCCGACGGAUCCUGACGGCCGGAGACUCCCGAGUCACUGGCGAUCGCAGGGUUUCCGUCAUCCACGAUUCUGCUACUUCAGGCGAGACCGAAAUCCCAACCGGAGGUGAUGUGUGGGUCCUAGCUAUCAAGAACGCCAAGCCUGCCGACUCUGGUCUCUACGUUUGCGAGGUCAACUCGGAUCCCGUAUUGCGCUCCUUCCAUAAAUUGAGCGUGCUCUCCAGGGCGCUUUUACCACCGGAAAACGCAACGGAUGUGAAUCUGUACUCGACGCAGAAGGAGGUUUACGCAAAAAGUCACAACUACACGACAUGCUGUCAGAGCGAGAACGUCAACGCUAGUUGUCUUGGCUUUUGCAGUAUUCAGAGCAUCCUGGAAGGCAACACCGGCCAAGACCCGGAAAAUUGCGAGGCCGACUUUCCAUCUAUCGUAAAAUGCAUGGCAGACGGACGCAACCACGUACCAUGCUGCAUCCAGGAAUCGGUGCCCGACAUCUGCCAGGACGUCUGUCGUGGCGACUACACGGUCAUCACGGAAAAUGUCAAAACUCACUUCUCCUGUUCGGCCUACACUGAAAAAACGCUCGCCUGCAUUGUUGAAGGAAUACAAUUACUACCGUCACCACCAACGCUUCUUAACGUGGAAUCGCUCACUGACAAAUCAUUGCGGGUAACUUGGUCACCGCCGGAUGCAAACAGGGAAUCGGUCACCGAGUUUCUCGUCAACGUAACGGCUCUUCGACACUUUGACGAACAUCCCAGUGACAUUGAUUCGACCGGAACGGUGCCGACGGAAAACGCGACGAUGCUGGUCAAGGUCCGUGGAAACGUGCUGUCCACUGUGGUUACCGACCUGAAACCAUUUACAAUGUAUGAGGUUCGCGUCGUCUCCCUAAAUAUUCACGGAAGCAGUCUUCCCAGCUACGCGGUCAGAACGCUCACCUUUUCUCCUGGACGAAUGAACCCUACCGCCGUUGUCGACACUCCCCAUCUCCCGGAUACCCGCGGCUGCUGCGUCAGCAAGGGGGUCUCUGAUCCUGGCUGCGUCGAGAAGCUCUGCGAUCCGUCCUCGAUCGAUCAUGCAGAAAUUCAUAACCUAAUGAUCUGUGCUCCGUGGGCCCCCGAUACCUUUGCCUGUUUGAGCAACGGAAUUGAUCAUACGCCGUGUUGUCAAGCUCGUGGAUUACCGGACAUCUGCCAACCAUUCUGCAGCGGCAACGUGACUGUAAUUAAUUUCAAUCACUUCAGAUGCUUGAGUUACAUGAUGGUAUACAAGAACUGCUUGUUGGAUGGUUACGGUGUACUGCCGUCAGCCCCUACCAGUAUUCAGAUCUCCAACGUCGACACGGACUUUGCAAUCCUGCAAUGGUCACCUCCGAAAACGCUUGGUGAUACGGUCAAAGGCUACAACGUAUACUACAGGGAGCUAACCGACGACUUUUCUACAGCUGUUUACGAAGAACACUUGGAUGUACAUAGUCCUACAAUAUUAACCAAUUUGACCCAUGACACUGACUACGAAGUUUACGUAGAGGCACGAAAUAUCCACGGAGUCGGCGACCCAUCGGCGAGAAUAAUCUUCAGAACUCAGAGCAAGGUCCUUGUCGAUAAGGAAGAAGAGGCGUCUUAUUACAACAUCACAUCAUGUUGCGUGGAGACGAACCUGAACAGUAUUUGUAUGCCUUUGUGCACCUACGAUGCUUCGAUGUCUGAUAUUCGAACACUGGCGUCUGUGUGCGAUUCCGAUUUCCAUAAAAUACUCAAAUGUGCAGCUGGAGGUAGAAAUCACAACGAUUGUUGUAGCCGCCGCGGAGUCCCUGCGGGAUGCAUGACUCUUUGCAGCGGAGUUAUUGUCGAUAGCCUCAUCAGUACUGCGACAAGUUGUAUUCCAUUUAUUGGCAACAUCGUUCAGUGUCUUGAGGAAGGCGUCGAUACGUUACCGGGUCCCAUUUCUGAGCUACACGCUACUGAAAUCACAGACAGUUCAGUAAAAUUGGAUUGGGAACCGCCAACCGACGGAUCAAACGUUACCGAUUACAUAGUAUACUACCAAAAAGUUGACAAUACCUCGAUGCACGAGACGGUCAGCAAGCUCGAUCAUCAAAUAAAUGUUACCGAAACAUCCGCCGCCAUUACCGGCUUAGAAAAUCACAAGUUAUAUCAAAUUUUUGUUGUGUCUCGUAACAAACACGGAACUUCCUUGCCGACUUCGAUUUUAAUGAUCAACAUAACGAGUAUCGAAAUUGACGACAAAGGUGUUCACGCUGUUACGUCACCGCCGCAUUCUCUCGCCGUUUCGGGGCACAGUGCAACCUGGGUAACAAUUUCUUGGCAGCCGCCAGAGUUCUCACAUCCUUCGGAAAAUCUGACGUACGAGUUAUUGUACAAAAGUACAGCCGAUCAACAGUUCCAGCAUAUUCAAACAUCCAUCACAUCACACAGAAUUCAGAAUUUGAUACCGAACGCGCAAUACAUUGUCUUUGUAACUGCCCAUAGUAAGAAGGGUAUCAGCCUACCCAGCGAGACUCUCAUUGCAUGGACGGAUCCUGCAUAUCCCGCGUAUGUUGAGCCACCGACUGUUCAUCCGAUCAACCUCGUUGUAGAAGGCAGCAGCAUGACCAUUUUGUGCAUUGCGAUGGGUACGCCAAUGCCGACAAUCAGUUUAUACAUUAGCGGGCGACUUGUCUAUCAAGAAACGACGAGGCACAUGGUUACUGUUGUGAACAACGUAACACGAGAUAUGGAUCAAAUUAGUUGCUAUGCAGACAACGGUUACGGAACACCCAUGCAGGCCAGCAGAAAAAUUUCAAUCAGCCACGUACCGCACGUAACCGCAUCCGUCAUAACAGUGGCCGCUUUGGGUGAUUCAGUGGUAUUGGAAUGCAAAGUCGAAGCAUAUCCAGAACCCAAGAUGCUCUUCUGGAGAGAUAAAAGUGGUCGCGUCCCCGUCAUCCAAGGUGGGAAGUACAACAUCAACGUUCAGCCAAGUAAAGAUACCGAAACUGAGUACGUGAUGCAAUUAACCAUCAAUAAGAUAUCUGAAAUGGACGAAGGCGAUUACUUUUGCCAUGCGGAAAAUGCGUUCGGAAGUGGCACGCAGCCCGUGAGUGUCCGAAUCAGGAACGUUGCCGCGACUAAUAACGUUACACAAUGCUGUAUCGAACAGAACGUAACCAGUGGUUGUAUGGAAGCGUGCAGUUUUUAUUUGGACAUAGACGCAGUCAUCGACAAGCCGCAAUGUAUCAACGACUUUGACAAGCUCAUGAAAUGCGCCGCCGACGGAUCCGAUCACAGAUCCUGCUGUGCAAAGUGGGAUGUGCCUCGGCGCUGCCUGGACUGGUGCCGCGGAGAGCCGCUGCUCAACAACAAAUUCUGCGUCUUGUCCUACACAAGACCUAUAAUGAGCUGUUUCCAAGAAGGGCGAGACCGUUUACCGGGUCCACCACAAGCAAUCAGUGUAGACGUUGUAGAUCCUCAUACCGUAAAUGUUCAUUGGACACCACCGGUUAAGAAUCCGCAUACGGUGGAAGUGUACAGAGUAUUUUGGCGCCCCAAGGGAGCAACAAAGGGUAACACCACUAAGAAUGACACGAAAACUACGAACUUAGUUAUCUCAGGAUUAAAAGAAGGUGUAAUAUACGAAUGCGUGGUUAAAGCUGGUAAUCACUUGGGUACGAGUACCCUUUCUGAACAAGUGGAGUUUAUUACUGGGGACAAAUACGUAACGUCUGCACUCGGAGAUUCUGGAUCUCACGUAGGAACAGUAAUCGGAAUCAUAUUGGCUGUUGUUUUUGUGGCUUGUAUCGUCGUCGCUGGUGUUUGGUUCGUUAGAACGAAACGACUAAAUGCUAAAGGACAAGGUGGUGUUGCAUUUGAAAAUCCAAGUUACCUCAGAGAAGUGAACAUGGAUCAUAUCCAAGAUCAGUCACAGGUCAACGGGGUCGCGACUUCGGUAACGUCUGGAGGUACUGGCUGGAAACAAGAAACGUUGAACGUACCGUCUGGUCAAAUGGGUUCAAUGGCGAGUCACGAGUCAAGUGCACCCUAUGAAGAACUGAAGCUUGGACAAGACAGCGCUGGAUUCAAAAAACUUUGCCCGUAGCACACAGUCUUGAUCAGCCAUUAUCAGGAUCACGCGAACCUUAUGCCCAUACGCUUAGCACGUGAGUCAACGUUUUGAAAAUGACACUUGAACAUUUUCGAGUCCAAAGUACAGUAUAUGUAUAGUAGAUACAAUAGCUGAGAGAUUAAUAUCAUGUUACUGGGUACAACGCGAUGGCCUUUGUGGGAUCUGAAUCUAAGACUUGAUGGUAUUUUUGUAAUUUUUUAGUUGUUUUCAGGGUUUGCCCCCUCCCCCCCCCCCCCCCCCCCCCCUCUGAUGAUCAUAUGCACUUAUAGAUCGUAUUUGUCAAAUUCUUAUCGCGAACACUUACAUGACCAUUGGCGAUAUACAUGCAGGAUAAAACUUAUGCUAAACCGUUCACGGGCUGUUUGCGUAAGAGACUGCGCAUGAUUUACGUAAUUUGUAUAUACACGCCUAUCAUUGAACGAGGAGAAAAAUACAAAAAUGAUUGAUUCUGUGUAAAACAUAGCAUAGUAUGGGCAACUAUAAAAUUGAACGUUAACUGUGAUGUUUGAUACGUCGAGCUAUAAAGAUGAGAAAAAUUAGUUUAGUGAGCUGGCCUCACUGAUUUUCACGUGGCACAUUUUCUGAAUCGAGACAAUUUUAAAUUUACUUUUCAAAUCGGUAACUAAUAGCUGUUGCUAUCAAUUUUAAUUUGUUUCGUUAUAUUUUUGUACAAUACCGCAAUCUCUUUUGAUUACGUAAACAUGUAUUCAUCUACCAUCUGGAAGCAUGUACAUGGUCUUGAAAUACGGGCAAUGUAAAUAACACAUGUAAUGUGAUCAAGUGAAUGCUCAAACAACACUUGACUGUGAGUUCCACUUUGUCCAGUUCUCAGGCCUUGAAUGAUCAAUCAUAUUAUGAUAAUAAGUUCACGCGUAUUAGGAAUGUUUUACUUACUCAAGUUUUUAAUUUGAUUCCAAAGAUGAUAAUAAAAACACCAUACCGUGAGUUAACGUGGAUGCGCAAUACAAAAAUCCCUAAUUAUAGGUAAUUCAAGUUACACGUACAUUCUGAGCAGAGCGCCGAGUUUUGCAAGGGAAAGGUAAGAUGCAUGCAUUACCGAUUCGAUCCAUCUUUAUUACACGUGUAGUUCAUGACCAGAAGUAUAACAGGUGUACGUAGUAAGGCGCGCUUCUCAGCCGUUUCCGAGAAAUUAAUUGAAUUAAUUACCAAUUAAUCAGUAGUCAAAAUUAAAAAUUAAAAUUGAUAAUCAAAAUUCAAUCUCUGGUACACUAUCAAUUCUCAGCACCAAUUUUCUGUAGGAUAAUGUCAACCCCUAGUUGAAUAUAAUUAGGGGUCCUUAUGUUGCGCAUCCAUGUAAUGUCACGGCACGUGAAAAAAUAAGUAAAUGAAAAUGAAUAUCACAUACCAUGAAUAAAUGUAUAGUGGGGCGCUUUAAAAUUAGAAGUGGUGCUAUGAUCAUUAGCAAUCAAAUAAUAUAUUGCGGUGUAUAAUAUUUUUAUGCAUCUACUUAUAAACGGAAUACCUGGAAAUUGUUUAUUAUUACGUAUAUAUAGUAAAUUCACAGCGUUACGAUACGGGAAGCAUUAUAGUAAUAGCUACCAUGUUUCACAUCUUGUCUAUUGAUAGAAUUUGCAUAGUAUGUAAUGUAAAAAUAUGUUACGAAUGCGAGUGGAGUUAAAAUUUAGACAAAAUGGAGUAAACGGAGACAAUCCGGACGGCACCAUAUUGUUUAUAUUAAAUAAUACCCGUCCUGAAACUUAUAUAGCUCACUGAAAUUAUUAUAUAACUGUAGCAUAUUGAACCCCCUAAUUACAAUAGUAUAACGUAUGGUACCAGUAAUGUAAAACUAUUUCAUUACUCACUAAUGCAUCGAAAUUUAAUGUACAGGUUAUGAAAAUGAUGAAACAAAAAAAUUAAAAUUAAUAAAUAAAAUGAAAAAUAAAAAAAUAUAGAUGGAACAAUGAAACGUCACGGAAACCUUACAACAAGAAUACUGAAAUAUAAACAAGAACAAUGCGAGGGUUCGUGAUUCAUGUAUUUUUGUUUUCCGAGUCGUUUUUUUCAAAUCUGUUAAGUAAUAGAGUGAAUAGAACAAAACA